AACACUACUCGCUAUACAAUGAAGUUCGCUCAAGCCACCUUAGUAGCCAUCCUCGCUUCCUGCGCUGUCGUCGGCGCUGCCCCAGUUGCCCCAAUUGCCUCCUCUGAAACCACCAUGGUUAAGAGAGUUGACCUCAACGAAGUCCUCGACCUUUUGAGCGAACUUAAGAGCUUCAACACCAAGAGAGGUGAACUUUCCCCAGAAGAAGAAUUGCAAUUCAUCUCCAAGAGAGACGGUGUCAUCUCCAACUUGAUCAGUGCCUUGGCCAACUCCGGUAUCAUCGGUGACGUUUUCAACACCUUGACUUCCGACCCACAAAUCUCUGCAUCUAUUGGUGCUAUCAUCAAGGCCACCCUCCAAACCGCCAUUGUCCAAGCUCCACAAUUGUUGACUGCUAUCUGGAACUCCGGUUUGUUGCAAAAGUUGUUCAACACCCUCCUUAACGACACUGACUUGAGAAACGCUUUGCUCGCUGCUGGUGAAUCUCUUAUCUCCUCCGUCAUUGGUCUCCUCACCGGUUCCCUCGGUGGCUCUUCUACCCCAGCUCCAGCUCCAUCUCCAGCUCCAGCUCCAGCUCCAGCCAAGAGAGAAUUGACCGAUGAAGAAUACGUCAGCAAGAGAGACUUGGCCUCUAUCAUUGGCACUAUUGUCUCUGAAAUCAAGGACUCCGGUUACGUUCAAAACAUCGUCCAAAACGCUUUGGCCAACCCAGAACAAUCUAUUGGUUUCUUGACCUCUGCCUUCAAGAACGGUGUUGUCAUCUUCGAAGAUGUCUACGACUGGGCCAAGCAAUCCGGUUUGUUGAACUCCCUUAUCAGCUCUUUGGCUUCUUCUAACAGCGGUAUUCUUUCCGAAUUGGCCUCUUUCGUUGGUGGUCAACUUGACAACUCCUCCUCUUCCGCAUCUGCUGCCUCUGCUGCUUCCCCAGCUUCCGGUGCUUCUAUCAACGCUUCCGGUGCUGCUGCCGUCCCAGUUGCCACUGCCCCAGCCUCUACUGGUGCUUCCAGUGCUGCUCCAGCCAACAACAACGACAACGAUGUCUACGCUCAAUUAGCUGCUCAAUACGGUGGUUCUUCUUCUUCCAAGAAGAGAAGAAACUACUAAGCGUACCACUUACCAUUUGAAGGAUGGUUUGAUGACUCGCUAUGAACAACAAAAUUAUGAGCAUGAACCUACUGCUUGACAUUGCAACCAGAAAAUACCCAUUUACGACUUAGGAUUUCCUUUUAAUAGUUGAUUUCCUAUACUGGUUUGCGUUGGUGGUACUAUUCGGCUUUCUUCGGCUCGUUUGCCAGAUUAUUUCGGUUGACCAGAGUCCAGACUCUGGUUAUCUUUAGCUGUUUGAUUUAAUUCUCCACAUUAUUAAUAUUUUUAUUUAUUGAAAUAAACGUUAGAAAGAAAAAC